AUGGUGCGGCUGCGUCAAGUCUUCUCUCCUGCGUUUCUCAUCGCGGCGCUUGCCGCCAGUUCCUGGUGGCAGCCCGCGGUCGCUGCGGACGGCGAUCUCGCGAAGCUCAGCAAACUGUUCAAAUAUAGUACGGAUCCGGGCGCAGCUGAUGUGGGAGGUCUGCCCUCCGACACGGACCUGCAGACUCUCUUGACCGAUGCGCUCACGCUCGCCAACGCCGGGGUGGCCGCUGCGACGGACGCCCUCGCCGGCAAGGCGGAGGCAGAGCGACUGAUGAACUCCCUGUUCAUGUCCCCCAGCGAGUCGGACCUCCAAACCAUUCAGAAGCGCUUCAAUGGGGUGGUGACCUAUCUCACCAGUGGCGGGAAGAUCAACAACGGCGCUCAGAAGACGAAGCCGUUUCUGCUGUACGGCGACGGGUGGCGCAUCCGGCAGGAUAUGAAGAGCGAGCUGCGCAACGCCGACGGAGAGACCAUCCCCAAGGCCGAUGGAUCGGGCAACGUGCUCAUUGAGGAUGAUUCGCUGAUGGUGCAGAAGCAGCAGCAGGCGAAAACCAUCGCAGAGAAGGACGCCGUUGCGCAGGGCAAGUCCGCGAGCGAGGCCGAGGACCAGUAUCCCUACUGGAGCGACUCAAUCCAGUCCUACACCUUCGACAAGAAAUGGGGGGAUUCACCCACCGUCGGCGUCUUUGACUCAGGUUCCUCGGCCAUUGCCUUCACCCUCAUGGAUACCGACAAGGCGCUCAUCAACCUCGGUCCCAAGGCCCUACGAGGCGGCCGCCUGCACGCGGUUGACGUGACCGCCGUCGCCAACAGUUUGUUUGAGGACCACACGCCUCCCACCGGAAGCACCAUUACCUCGAUCGCCGAGGUAGCCCCCCAAGCCACCGCCAUAUUCCACGAGCUGUUCCACCUGGUCUGGGGCGACAGUCUCAUGUACCCCUCCGUUGGGGAGGAGUACCAGUUUCAACGGAUGACGGGCUACGAGAGCCGAGGCAGUGGGAAGAAAGCGUUCACCAAGAGAUACGCCAUGCGUAACCCGCAGAGCUAUGCCUAUGCUGCGAUCGCCUACGAUUACACGCAAAAUGUGCAGUACAAGAUUUCCAACAAGAAGUCGGCCCCUGUUGAGUUCUUCACGGGUUUUGCUUCCUACGAGAAGAGCUAG